GGACAAUAAAGAUAUAUAACUUCUUCAACACCACAGUAAAUAUGGUUGCCUAUAUAACACCUUGUUUCUUUUCUGUAAUUGUCAUGCGCCGGCCAAACGUCAAAAAACCGAAUCGCAUUGGCCAUUUUAAAACAUUUUUCUAUCCAAUUUCAAAAUCGUAGUGUUGUUUUUAGCUUAUACCACAAAAAACAUCAAAGACAAAGUAAUGUCCGUCACCGCAGACAACGUUAAAGAAUUUUACGCUCACGAUUUGGUUUACAAAUUUGAUGAACGGAAACGAAUCACAUUUGGUAUAGUCAGUGAAAGUUAUGAAGGUUCAGACAGUGAUGAAUACUCAGCCCUACAAAAGGGCCAAAUCCUUGUUUCGUGGAGCAACUCUAACCGCAAGCAGAUCUGCAGACAAAGCAAAGUGCACCUGAUGAGUCGAAGCAUCAUUCCAGGAGAUAUUGUAAGAAGACUUGAAGAAGGAAAGGAGACUCAGAGGGGUUAUUGCAAAAAAACGAAACAAUUUGCUACUGUGCAAAUUGUUGAGAGUGAUAAAGUCAUUGAACAUGUUCCAGAGAGUAGGUUGUGUUUUGUGAAGCCAUUCGAUGUAGGGGAUGCUGUUGCUUUGGGUGAUAAAUUUGGAAGGAUUCAGAGCAUAGAUCAAAUGAUUAGGAUGCAAUCAAAAUGUGGAUCUAUAGUUGAAGUUAGGAGUAGCAUUAAUUAUAAUAUUAGGGAUUAUUGGAAUCAUUCCAUCAAUGGCGCCUACCUAGGGCCUGGUUACCCUGGACAGACUGUUAUUUGCACGCCAAUGCACCUGAAGGACCCGAAAUGGAUAAAGAAAUCGAAAGCGAUGAAGCGAAAGAUGGAGAUUGGUCAAACGUUCACGAUACAAAGCAUCGAAAUCUGCCUGAUAGAAGUGUGGUGGUGCACGUCAAACGGUCACACAGAAUAUGGAGAACUGAAAGAAGAUGAAAUCAAAAGAUUAAAAGUCCUGCCUUAUUCGGAACAUUUAGUUAUAUGCGAUCGUCACUUGUUAAAAUUAAAACCCACCGACAUUUUGCUAAAGAAACGCGAAUGGAUCAAGAAAAAAUCGCUCCAACAUUUACCCGACAAAGUGCCUAGAACGGAAAAUACAGCGUUCAUGAACACCUGUGCGGAGCCGUACGACGCUGAAGACGACUGGUGCACGGAAGAAGACGAAGAAUCUGACAACAACGGGGAGAUUUCGACGUACAGGUUGACGAAGAUCAAACCCCGUAAGAAACACUGCCCGCCGAAGUUGAAUAAAUUCUCGUCGGGUUCGAUAGUGGCGGUCGAAGUUCUUUGCACGGAUUCAAAAGCAACGGUCGUGUGGCAGGACGGUACCGAAGAAAAGGAUAUCCCUACGACCGAAUUGUAUUAUUCGGUCUCUUUGGACGAUCAUGAGUUUUUUCCAGGAGAAUGGGUUGUGCCUAAUAGUAAUAAUGACGGUUCUGACAAGUACGGUGUAGUACAGAAAGUCAAUUUUCUUGAAAGGACAGCUGAGAUAAAAUGGUUCACUCAAACUGAUCCGGGUAAGAAACCAGAAGAACUUGCGACAAACGAGCUAAGUGUUUACGAUCUGAAAAAACACGUUAAAUACGUAUUCCGUCCAGGUAGUGUAGUUAAAGCAAAGCCUACUCAAGAAGAUAAAAUGGGAAAAGUAAUUGACAGUUGUCCACAAGGUUAUGUAAUCGUCCAGUGGUUAGGCGGUACGAAAGAACACUGUUGGCCUCAUAACAUCGAACUCAUUCCAGAAAGCGAAGACUUUGAUUUCCCUGACGGCUUCGAAAGCGACGACGACCUAAGCGAAGACGCUUACUCAUGGGAAACUGAGAGCGUUGAGUCAUUCGACGGCGACGUCACCGACGAAAUCAAUCUUCAAAAUAUGGCCGCCAAGGUGGAUUUUAUUAGGAGCAGGAUUAGUUAUCUUAGAGAAGCCUUUAGACAACACAACAUUAAUAAAAAUUUCCAUUUUCUUAAAGAUUUAUUAUGCGUAUAUGACAAUUCUAGUUAUUUAGAUAAGUAUCUCGGCACGUCGUUUUUUAGCUUAGAAAGCAAGCACUUUCAGGCUUUAUUGCUUGAAACUAAGAAAAAAGCAAAAUCUAUGGGAAUAGAAUUGAGAGGAAGAUUAUUUUCAAAGGAGAGUCUUUCUGCAUCGAAUAAAUUAAAAAAUGCUGAAAAGGAAAAUAUUCAGAAAAUGAUAAAGUUGGAGAGUAAAGUUAAUGCUCAAAUCGAAAGCAAUAAAGAAUGCAGUGGGGAGUCCUGUCCACCAACUCCCGACAGCUCCGAACCGGCCGAAAAAUCCCAAGAGAAUCUCUGCGUAGAACUCCUAGUAAUGCUCAAAAUGCGCUUGGACUUAGCUUACGCUGAAAUUAUAAGCCGCAUCGGCGGCCGCCAAGCCUUAACCGUCCUAACGAACGCGUCAGAAAACACGCUUAAGCCAUCGCCAAGCACCGCCGCCUUACAAAACUCUCUACUAACACCCGAAGAAACGACACCACCACCGAAGUUUAACAAAACGGUCGAUGCCAUUGCGACAAGCGACGCAUUUUGUAUCUUCGAAGAAGCGCCCGACACUCAUCGAUACUUCUCGAGCAAAUUCGAAGCCAAGGACUUGCAGAAGUUCUUGGUCGCCCUGCAAAAAGAGUACAAAUUGCUCAAGGAAUCCCUGCCACCGGGGGUGUGGGUUAGAACGUACGACAAUCGAAUGGAUCUGCUGUCGGUGAUGAUCAGGGGACCCGCGAAGACUCCGUAUGAAGAUGGAUUGUUCCUUUUUGAUAUUCAACUGAGUACAGAUUACCCCAGAAACCCGCCCUCUGUGCAUUACAUUAGCUACAUAACUGAAGCACUUAAUCCGAAUUUGUAUGUUGAGGGAAAAGUUUGCGUGUCUCUAUUAGGAACGUGGAUGGGGCGAGGGAGUGAGGUGUGGGGUCCGAAUAGUACGCUUCUACAAUUGAUCGUUUCCAUUCAAGGGCUAAUUCUAGUGGCAGAACCCUACUACAAUGAAGCAGGCUAUGAAAGGCAAACUCACACACAGCAAGGGUACGAGAAUUCGCGCACUUAUAACGAAUUUGUUAUUUUGAAGUUGGUACAAUCGAUGACGGAGUUGUUAAACGCCGCACCGAAGAUUUUCCAAAUAGAGGUUUUGGCGCAUUUCCAAAGUAACGGCGAGAAAAUGUGUGAAAGAUUGAUGAAAUACUGUGAAGAUGAGCCUCUGAAACCCGAAUUUCCUUUAUUGCCUGUUAGUAAGGGGUUGAAAUUGUCGCUAAUAUCGGCCUUAAGUUCAUUCAAACAGGCUCUGAAAAAAGCUUUAGCAGGGAAAGAAAAAGAAGCAAUUUUGUAACGCAAUUGUUAAAUUUUCUUGUUAAACUUUAUAAUGUUUCUAAAAUAAUGUUGAUUAAUAAAAGUGAAGUUUUGUUUUUGUUAACGAUUUGUAUCGUAACUUUUUUUGUGAUAUUUUUUUUGUAUGGUAUUAGAAACAGUAUUUGUUUUUUGUUAUAUAUUGUUAGAUACAUUCGCACAAGCCGCCACUCAUUUCAUAGCUAGGUUAAGUGUAUGUUAUUUUGUAAUCUUGAGCUACCUAUUGGUGAUUUUUCUGUGAUUACAGCGCUACUAUUUUUUAUAAUAGUACAUACCUAACGUAAGAACUGAAGCAAUAUUAUACUUUUUUACUUUGUUGUUAUGUGUAAAACCUACAAUUUCGACUGAAGUCGGCGAAAAGGUUGGGUAUACAUUCUCUUAUUGCAGCAAGAAACUCCAUGUAGAAACGAGGUACACAAAUACUUUUCCAAGUACUUUGAAAUGCAUUUUUAGAACUCCCAAUAAAGUUUCAAUUUAA